CACGUACAGUGUGAGAUUUAUCAAUCAUGGUGUUAAGAUUUUCCUUAUUAAGAGUGUUAUCCUUACUAUGCUUCUUUUUUCUUUCAACUGGUCCUACAUUCUGCAAUGGGCAAUAUGAAGGUGAAUCCUGUAAAAUUGAUCAAUCACCAGGUGUUUGCUCACGUCUGGAACAAUGUGCACAGGUUUACGAGGAUUUACUAAAAGGGAAACCUCCCCAAAGCAUGUGCGGGUAUUCCCAUUUUGAUCCUAUAGUAUGUUGCCCCGUAAAUAGGCCAAUACCUACACCAACACCGGCACCAGAACCUGAUCCUAUUCCAGGAACAUUUAUUAGCGAUAGGGGUGGCAAAGCAAGAGCAAAAUGCGAAGAAUAUUCGAGAUCAGUGUACGCGUUGAUAACUCCGCCGACAUUAGCCGUCAAUCGAAAACCCGUAAAUAUAUCGUUAUGUGCGCUGAAAACCCGCAAGCUUAUCGUUGGUGGUAAAAAGGCUGAACCAAAGGAAUUUCCACACAUGGUUGCGGUUGGAUUCAAUUCCGGGGACGGAGGUAUUGCUUGGCUCUGUGGUGGUACUUUGAUUUCGGAAAGAUUUGUCUUAACCGCGGCUCAUUGUACCUAUAAUUUAGAUUUUAAGGAAGCAACGUGGGUUCGAGUGGGUGAUUUGAAUCUGGAGAGAACAAACGACGACGCGAAACCGCAAGAUAUUCAAAUUAUAGAAAGAAUAAGGCACCCUUCGUACAAGAAACCUUCUGAAUAUCACGACAUUGCCCUUCUCAAAUUAGAAACGAAUGUACAGUUCAACGAGUGGGUUAGACCUAGCUGUUUGCCUUAUUCUUUACCGGAUACCGGUACAGAUAAUAAAGCAACCGCAACUGGAUGGGGACGCGUUGACUGGGCCGAGGACACAUCCAGUGAUUUAUUAAAAGUUACCAUUAGCUUGGUACCUACAUCAGAAUGUAAUAGCACCUUUAUGAGAGGUCAAAGGGAUGCUAAACUUAAAUAUGGUAUUAUGGAUGAUUGGCAAAUUUGUGCUGGUGAACUUGGAAAAGAUACUUGUCAGGGUGACAGCGGCGGACCAUUAGUUAUUUUAAACAACGAUUAUAACUGUAUGUAUACUUUAAUCGGUGUCACGAGUUUGGGAAAACUUUGCGGUAGUAUAAUUCCCGGUGUAUACACCCGGGUUUAUAAUUAUGUUCCGUGGAUAGAAAGCGUAGUUUGGCCAAGCUCGUAAUGUGUUAAAAAGGAAGAUGAAAUAAACAUAUUUUUUAUAUUGAUAACUCUGUAUUUUCUUGUUAAAUAAUAAUACAUUAUAAAUUU